AUGACUCGGCAGUACUCGAAGGAGGAUUCCGACCUCAUCGAGGAGCUCGAGAAGCUGGCGAAGAAGAAUCGCAAGCUCGUCAAGUCCACCGUCCAUCCAUGCCCUGCGGAUCCCAACAUCAAGGUCCGGAGCUGGAAGAUGGAUGAGUUCAAGUACUACAAGAUCCCGUCCCCGUUCCCCACGCUUGCUCGAGGCCUGUUCACCAUGGACAUGCCUCCGGAGUCCGGAGUGAAGCAUAGGAUUGUGGCGCGUGGAUACGACAAGUUCUUCAAUAUCGGAGAGGUGCCUUGGACGACGUGGCAAUCGCUAGAAGCACACACAGCAGCGCCUUAUACCCUCUCACUCAAGUCGAACGGUUGCAUCAUCUUCAUCGCUGCGCUCACCGAGGACAAGCUUCUCGUUACGUCGAAACACGCUGUUGGACCCAUUCGCGAAAAGAAGGAAGGCGAGGAGGAAGAGAAAACACGCACCCAUGCGGAGGUCGGCGAGCAGUGGCUGCGCAAGUACCUCUCUAAAAAGAAUCGUACAGAAGCAGAACUAGCCAAGGUCCUGUGGGACAACAACUGGACUGCGGUCGCCGAGCUCUGCGAUGAUAGCUUCGAGGAACACGUCCUCCGAAUCCCUCCAGAGCUCACCGGCCUCCACCUCCACGGCAUCAACGUCGCCACAAAACACUUCAAGACGCUCUCCCAAUCUGAGGUCGACAAGUUCGCCGAGGAAUGGGGCUUCAUCCGCACGCUCUCCACCACAGUCAACACCAUCCCCGAGGUGCGCGCCUUCACCGAUGAAGUUUCGAAGACCGGCGUCUGGCAGGGUCAGCCCGUCGAGGGCUUCGUCGUACGCACGCACGUCACCGAGCCGCCAACAAAAGGCAAGGCGGAUCCCUCGGUCUCCCCGUACGAACCCGGUUCGUCAUUCUUCUUCAAAGUCAAGUUCGACGAGCCCUACAUGAUGUAUCGCGACUGGCGCGAGGUCACCAAGGGCCUGCUCACCGCGCACAAGAAGGGCGAGAUGUCUGCGAAGAACGUGUACAAGUCGAAGAUGCGCCGCGCGGAGACGCGCGUGUAUGUAUCCUGGGUCAUACCAGAGAUCAAGCGCAAUCCGGAGGCGUUCGCGCAGUACAUGAAUAAUCGGGGCAUCAUCGCGACGCGGGACAUGUUUCUAGAGUGGCUGAAGACGCCGGAAGGGCAGGAGGCGCUGGCGCGGGAGAAGGCCGAGAGACCCGCUGAGGCGCUGCCCGAGGCGAAGGGGGAGCUGAGUGCAGGGAAGAAGGCCUUCGGGAAGACCGUCAUUGUGCCCGUCGCGAUUCCUGGAUGCGGGAAGACCGCGGUCGCUGUCGCCUUGACGCACAUCUUCGGCUUCGGCCACACGCAGAGCGACGAUGCGCCGGGGAAGAAAGGCGCCGUCACCUUCAUCAAGAACGUCAAAAAACUGCUCGAGACCCACGACGUCGUCAUCGCGGACAAGUGCGUCUUUUAUCUCUGCUCUUUCCUUACACUCCAACUAACAUUCACCAGGAACAACCACCUGAAGCAACAUCGCCAGGCCCUCCGCGACGCCACCAAGGACAUGACCCCACCCGUCCGGCUGCUUGCUUUGAAUUGGGCGCUCGACAAGCCGAACGCGACCAUCCACCGCAUCUGCGGCGAUCGCAUCAUGGCGCGCGGCGAGAACCACCAGACGCUGCGCGCGGACAAGGCGAAGUCGCACGAGGACGUGCUCUGGAUGUUCAUCAACAACACAGAGGAGCUGAGCGACACCGAGGUCGAUGCAGUCGUGGACAUGGACAUGGCAGACCUGCUGGAGGACGCGGUGAAGCGGGCCGUGGAGGGGGUGGUGAGGGUUUUGGGGCUGGAGAUGCCGGGGGAGGAGAAGAUUAGGGAGGGCGUACAGGCGGCGUUGGGGUAUAAGCCAAUCCUCAAGAAAACGGAGGGGGAGCAGAAGGCGGCGGACAAGGGAAAGAAGGAGGCCGGUGGCAAAGGGAAGGGCAAGCAGGAAAAAGAGGAGAACCAGGAAAAGGCGACCGAGAAGCCCAAGUCCACCAAGCCGCCCCGCUACUUCGGUCUCCUCGCCGAGAUCGACCUGAAGAAGACGCUCGAGGCAGCCUUCGACGCGCAGCCCGAGCACGCCGGCUUCUGGCGCGAGCUCACCAAGGCGAGCCGCGUCACUGGGCGCCCGCACGUCACUAUCGUGCACUCGAAGAACCUUCCUGCAGAGGGUGAGCUCUGGGCGCGCUGCCGCGCCCUCCACGAGCUCGAUGUGCCGCCCUUGUUCCGCUUCAAGGUCACGCACGUCGUCUGGGACGGGCGAGUGAUGGCGCUGCCGGUGGAGGACCUCACGCUGGAUGAGGAGACCGGGCAGGGCCAGGAGGGCGCGGAGUUCGUGGCGAAGCUCAACCACGAGACGCGCGAGCGGCUGCAUGUGACGGUGGGGACGCGGUCUGCAAACGUGAAUCCGGUGGAGGCGAAGUUCAUGGUGGAGAAGUGGAGGAAGGGGGAGAGGAAGGAGGUGUCUUCGAUCGAGUUGAAGGAGCCGCUGGUGGUUAAGGGAAGGAUCAAGGGGUUGAUGCAAUGA